AUGGCCGUAAGCCGACGGACGGACCUCCGCAAGUACGCUAUUAUACAUGCCCGCGGUCAGCAAAAUCUAGCUCUGCGCGGAAAAGCGACCCAGUCUGACUGUUAUAAUCACACAUUUUCAGCUGCCUACAAUGCCAUAGAUGGAAACUGUAACUCCAACUUCCACGAUGGAUCAUGCACCCACACAAGUGGAAAGCCCAACCCCUGGUGGAGAGUGGACCUGCUGGACUCCUACAUCAUCACCUCCAUCACCAUCUAUAAGAGAGGGGACUGCUGUCAGGAAAGGAUCAACGGGCUGAGGAUCCACAUCGGCAACUCUUUGGACAACAGUGGCUUGAAUAACCCAUUAUGGAAACCGGGCCCAACUUCCACGAUGGAUAUGCACCCACACAAGUGGGACACGCCAACCCGGGUGAGAGUGACUGCUGGACUCACACAUCACACUCCAUCACCAUCUAUAACAGAGGAGAAUGCUGUCAGGAAGGAUCAACGGGCUGAAGAUCACCACUCGGCAAUUUUGGACAACAAUGGCUUGAAUAACCAUUUCUGUGAAUCAUUUCGUCGUGUAACGUUAUUCCUGUUCCUCUCCGAGGCUGUGCUGCUUUCUCUUUCUUUUAGGGUUGGUCAAAUUGUUCAUGGCAACCCAACCUUCAACAAGACGUUCACUCCUCAUGUGGAGGGACGUUAUGUGACUUUGCUUCUACCUGGUUUAAAGAAGUACCUCACACUCUGUGAAGUGGAAGUCUACGGGUACCGUGCCCCAACUGAAAAUGUGGCUCUGCGUGGAAACGCGACUCAGUCCGACAGUUAUAAUCACGUAUUUUCAGCUGCCUACAAUGCCAUAGAUGGAAACCGUGACUCCAACUUCGCUGCUGGAUCAUGCACCCACACAAGUGGAAAGUCCGACCCCUGGUGGAGACUGGACCUGCUGGACUCCUACAUCAUCACCUCCAUCACCAUCUAUAACAGAGUAGACUGCUGUCAGGAAAGGAUUAACGGGCUGAGGAUCCACACCGGCAACUCUUUGGACAACAAUGGCUUAAAUAACCCAUUGGUUGGUCAAAUUGUUCAUGGCAGCCCAACCUUCACCAAGACCUUCAGUCCUCCUAUUAAGGGGCGUUAUGUGACUUUGCUGCUUCCUGGUUUCGCUAAGUACCUCACACUCUGUGAAGUGGAAGUCUACGGGUACCGUGCCUGAACUGGUGAGAACUUGAGCUUUUACAUAAAUAAAUGUGAACACUAUGCAGAAAGAGAGAACUUGGCGCUCCAAGGAAACGCCACACUCACUGCCAUCGAUGGGAAUGAUGACCGCAAUGGAGGCGAAGAAAGAGAUGUAUAUAAAGAGCACAGGUGGAAGCCUUUUCAUCGAAUCAUCAGAGUCCAUGAAGAAAGUGCUCGCUCUGUCAGGAUCUCCAGAAUGAUGAAUCUCUAUGUUUUCCUCGUGCUGCUCCCCAUGGGGACGUGCGCAUCUGGCACCUUUGAAAAUCUGGCUCUGCGUGGAAAAGCGACUCAGUCCGACCGUUAUGAUCACACAUUUGCAGCUGCCUACAAUGCCAUAGAUGGAAACCGUGACUCCAACUUCCACGAUGGAUCAUGCACCCACACAAGUGGAAAGCCCGACCCCUGGUGGAGAGUGGACCUGCUGGACUCCAACAACAUCAUCACCUCCAUCACCAUCGUCAACAGAGGAGACUGCUGUCAGGACAGGAUCAACGGGCUGAAGAUCCACAUCGGCGACUCUUUGGAAAACAAUGGCUUGAAUAACUCAUUGGUUGGUCAAAUUGUUGACCUUCAUGGCAACCCAGCCUUCACCAAGACCUUUCUUCCUCAUAUAAGUGGACGUUAUGUGACUUUGUCUCUACCUGGUUCAAAUAAGUACCUCACACUCUGUGAAGUGGAAGUCUACGGGUACCGUGCCCCAACUG